AUGGGAUUUUUGAGUGGUGUGCUCAGUAACAUCAAAGAGCAUUUAGGGCAGCAUAAAAAUUCUUUAGAUGAUGCAAUUAACAUUCUUAACACCAAUAAACACGCCGGUAAAAACGGUUUUAGUGUUGCGAUUGGAAAGGUGGUCGAAGGGGUGGGGAGGUAUAAUAAGGCAGUGGAGCAGUCGAAUACAUCCAUUAAAAAUCCCAUAAGGACACUCUACAAAUACGUCAAGACAGAAAAAGGUACGUUAAUUAAUGGUCUUAAUGCUAUUCAGGUACCGGACGACGCUGCACAUGAUGCAGUUGAGCAAGCCGAGACACAGGUGCGAGAUAAACUGACGGAAUGCCAGCAGGCAGCCGACACGUUCAACACAGCUUUUAAUCUUAGAACACAAACAGACAUGAAUAAAUCUAUUACCGACUUGAAUGACAAAAUAGAGACUAAAGUUAGACAUUCCAUUAGCAAUGUUAAGCACGAGAGCGAGAGGCUCAAGGCGUUGGCUCAGAAGGAGCAGAGUGACCUAGAUGCGACGAUUAAGUUAAUUAGUGACGCGUUAAGUGGCCUUGGUGUAGAGGUCAAAAAUGAAAUUUGCAAGCAGGUGAGAGACCUAGUUGAGCACUUGAAAGGGAGGGUGCAGCUUAUUAAACUCCAACUUGAAGACAUCGACAAGAGUCUGAAGCAGUACGCAAAGGAACUGCAGCAGUGGAUUGAGAAUGCGGACAAAGAAGUGCAGGCUGCGAAAAGUGAAGCCGUCGGAAUUGAAAACAAAAAGCCCGGCGAGAAUAAUCAAAGGAAACUUACUGAGGUUGCCAAAGCGUUGGCUGACAGGAGCGGCGUGCUUUGCAGGUAUAUAGAUGACGUGAAGAAAGAAUUUAAUACGAAAGUAAAAGCAGCGCUUAUAGAGGUGCAAGCCAUGGACGGGAAGCUGAAAGAGGAUUUGUACAAGGUGAAGGAUGCUGUAAAUCAGCAGGUGGAGGGGAUUAAAAGUAAAAUUAAGAACCUUAAUAGAAUUCUUAGGUACGGGGAAGAUGCUGACGGAUCCGAAGAGCAUCAGGAAAUUAAGCAAAUCGUCGAAUAUCUGAGAGAUCAGCUUAAGGCGAUAACUGGUAGCGUAGGAUUAAGAGAAACGUCGACGACAGGUCUUGAAGGAAUAAGAAAUAAAAUGAAUCAAUAUGUAAAAAAGUAUAGCAAGGAUAAGUUUGGAGAUACAGCUGAAGGGUGGAUAAAAGAUAUUUGGCGAAAUAACGUUGUAGUAAGAUAUUGGCUUGGUGAGUAUCUCGGUUAUAAAACGGAACCGGGUGAACUGCCUCUUAGUGAGCAUGGCAAGGAUGUAAUUAGUGAAGAGAUUCUUCAACGAAUCGCAAGCCAAAUAAAAGAGCAGCUUGAUGCAGAUGUUAUCAAGCACAUCGAAGUUAAGCCGCAAGGCAAUGUACAAACGCAGCUUACCGCUAUCCAUGGUGGAAUCAACAGAUUUGUAGAGUUACUGGGUAGGAGGGUGACUAAAGAAAAUAGUACUUUUGUCACUGGGAUAGCGAAGCAGCUUGAAAGUGAGGUGGCUAGCAUAUUGAAAGCACAUCAUGCCAAGGAGAUACGUUAUCUUGAAUCUGCAGUUCAAUCUACGAUGGUCGCUCUAAGCUCCUCUGCUAGGCAGGCAUGGGCUGAAAUUCAUUCAUUUGCCCUACUCGCAACUAAUUUGGGCACUUCAGGCACAACCACUAGCGUCGCGGACGACAUAGUUAAGGUAUUCGAUGCGGCUAGUGGAUUCGAGGAAAAAGUGAAACACGCACUUAAGCAUCCACCCAGAGGCCGACCGCCUUCUACUCCUAGUCACGCCGCCGCCGUCGACGCCGCGAUCACGGGGGUGACUGAAGAGCUUGGGAAAAAGCUGAAGCCAGGUGUCGGUAGCGCGGUCACGCUUGACAAGGACGAAACGUUUCAGCAAUACAAUGCUUUCGUAGACCAAAGCGAAGAGAGCCUGAAAUCUCUCACAUCCGAGAAGUUAGAAGAUGUUAAGGAAAAUGCAGGCACCCUCCCAACCAAGAUCAAAGAGAUAGGCACGUACGCUGCCACCGGAUUCAGCGUUGAAGCAACUAGAGAAUCUCUUGGAAAAUGGUCCGGCAAUAUUAAAGAUGAAUUAAAAAACGUACUAGAUUCGUUCGCAUUCUACGGCACACUUAUCAAAGGCAUGUUGGAUAAGCAUAUAAAAGCUAUUGGCAAAGGCACCGAAAAUCAGAACACGCUCCAGCACCUCCAAAAAAAACUACUAGAGCUCAAUGCUGGUCCUGUGACUACGGCGCUAAAGGAAGCCAACGACAUCAUAGAAAAAGCCGACGAUGUUACAACCAACACGCUACGACCGCUCAGAAAUCACGUCGACAAGCAAGUGUCGGAGGCGCAAAAAGCACUCUCCACCCACGCCCGCAGGCAGUACGUUAGCUCAAUAGACGCAUUGCUCAGGGCAUUCGCCAAGAAAACCGAGAGCGAAUUAAAACCGCUGCUUAUAGACGUUAACAGCGACUUGAAUAUCGGACUCAAGGGGUUCAUGAAAAAAUUCGAUGAGAAGUUCGUCGGUAGCGUUGAAGCGAUCGGCGCCAUUGACGCUACGUCGUUCACUGUGCAGGGAUUGCGGAAAAUCUAUCCGAUGAGCCAGGCGGCCAAAAUACUAAACGAUGGCUUUGAUGAAUUUUUUACUAAGUUGCAGAAGCAGCCUGAUGUCGUGUCUGACGUUGACAAGUAUGCGCCUACUCAAAAGGCUUUGCAGAUAUUGCUCGGAAAACUUGCGAAGUCUCAACACUUCGACCAUGAAUUUAACACGAGCUUAGGCGCACUCAAAGACGCUAUUGCCAGAUUCAAUCCUUCGAAAUUCGGUGAUACGUCGACGGUGAUCACACAAUUUCUUAAGGAUGGGCUUAGUGCUCUACUCGGAGAGAUUGGCCGGGCUUAUGUCAACACUUACGAAGGAUCGAAAGCAAUUUCAUGGGAGGAAACGCUUGCCGUUAAGAAAACCGUGGAAGGUGAAAAUGCCGCCAGAGUGUUCCUCACUACUUUGAAAAUACUUUGCGAUGAUUUGUCCGAGCUGCAUAAGCAGUGCACGGAGAAGGCCGAGUGGAGAGGGCGUCAAGUAUAUGCAUCCGCCGCCACAAACGACAAUCCGCUCGGUGAUCACUUUGUCAAGUGUGGCUACCAGGUGGCCAGCGCAAAGGGUGGGCAGGACGGUGAGCUGAGAUGUUCCCCCAAAAUGAUGGGCGAGAACAUCCUGGCCAAGCUUAACGCAAUCGUUACUAGCGUUACCGAGACACCGCAUUUCUUAACCUGCAAACCAAACGGAAAACAGAAUAUUUUCAGUGUUAUCGAUGUCAUUACGUGCCUGUUCCAACAUGCCAAUGAAUACUUCCGUGUCACCCACCUGCCCAUUUCGUCCGCUGGUAGGUACCCGUCUUCCAUAUAUGACAUGCUUCGCUGGUUAUGUGGUCUGACGUAUCACCCCGUGUAUGACGACUUGUCGUUGAACGCUUUCAGUGACCUGUUCGAGAAGAAGGAGGAACCAGACGCCAAGGUGCAGGGUGACGGCAUCCCCGUUAAGGACGAGAAGGAAGAUAUGCUGGAGGCGCACCCGGCAAAUAUCACAGCCUUAAAUCUUAGAGAGAUGCUCACCGAGGUAUGCCAUUAUUCUUAUGACGUCCUCGUCAGCCUGCUUGGUCACGGCCACGCUGGUGGUAUCUAUGCCUGCGACUUCAACACUAACCCGGAUAGAUUGUCCUACCCUAGUAACUCCUCUAAAUGUCUCGAUUUGCUAACAGAGAUAUGCCUUCGACUAUUCCAUCAACUGUCGUUCUUAUAUAAGCAGUGUACCUAUCCCACCCAGCUGGGCGGCUGGCUUGACUGUCAUUAUGGCAGGGACGUCGGCGGGUCAAACUGGAUCUGCAACACCAUGCAAUGCCCUAACCAAAACGCUGGGCAAACGCACAACCAAACAUGUGACCAAAAGUGCAACCAAACACCCAAGUGCGGACUAAAAUCGCCACUACAGUCUUUCUUGGAAGACGGCCUGCCAGGGUUCCUGCCGCACCCGUACGGCAAAUCUGACUGCAAGAUGAAGUGUGAUGCGCCAAACCAUUUUGGCAAGCCGUGCCAAACGCCGAUGGGAUUCGCCGAUUUAACAAAUCUGGCGUCCAUUAAUGGCACCGGUAAGCGUAUCAAAGACGCCCUGCACCAAUUUUGCGGCAAAGAAAUUAGUCCACUUACCAAAUUGUGCAGUGACUUAGUAUGUCUUCUGCAACGUCCGCCACAGACUCUCGGUGAUAUGUUCGCCUUCUACUACAAUUUCACCAAUCGCUGGACUGUGGGUAGUAACAAGCAUAGGGAAGCAGCAUUCGAUACCGCUGUGAACAAUGCCAACUUUGGCGCUACUUAUGAGGAGCUGAAGAUUUACUACAUUUUUUCUGGCAGUCAUUCGGCAGUGUGGAAGGGACAUUCUGCUGGUAGUCUCGGUAGUCUCGUUUGCUCAUCGAAGGAGUCUAUAGAAUGCGGCCCGUAUUUGUGUCCCGUUAGUCAUUUCAUAUACGGUACGUUCUCAUCGAAACACGCCGAUAAAUAUUUGUCGUGGAUUGUCUAUCAGACAACAACUUUCUACGAUCUGCUCAAAAAGUUAUAUGACGAGUGCAAUUCUAACUGCGGUCCAAAGGGAUCCAACUGCUUAACCACAUCCUGUGUUAAAGAUUGCUUAAGGCUUAGAAAACCGCCAACCCCAAAGGAACAUCAUAGCGAUUGUAAAUCCAUUGUCCAAUGCAAAAAGACAUUGCCGACUUUGUCAAAAUACGGGUUCGUGUUUUUGCAGCAAGCCAAGUUAAACGGGAAUGAAGGACUCGAGAAAAAACGCACGUGUCGAAAUUUCUGUGCGGCAUUCAAAGAAGUAUUUAAUAAGGAGUCUAUACUUGUCGAACUAAUUAAGAAAAUUGAUGAAUUCAUUUUCACCAUCAGGCAGCCGUUUAUAUGGCUUAACGUCGCACUUUGGUCACUGUCCCUCUUCUACCUCAUCUGCGUAAUGGUUGGCAGACUGGAUGUGCUGCAUAUCAAAUCACACUUGAGGAUACCGUCAUCGCACAAGAUAACGGCGCAGUCGUUGUUGGCUGCAACGCAAGUCGGAAGGCUUGCCAAGAUAUCGUACCUGCAACCAUAA